AUGCCGACCAUCACGGUAGACAAAUACAAGCUUUACGAAGCCCUUGGUCAAAAAUUCACGACCGAGGAAUUCGAGGACCUCUGCUUCGAAUUCGGUAUCGAGCUCGACGAAGAUACCGAAGACUCCGACCGCCCCAUCGUGGACGGCAAGCAGGUCCCGCCCGAGCUGAAGAUCGAGAUCCCCGCCAACCGCUAUGACAUGCUCUGCUUCGAGGGCAUUGCCCUCAUGCUCAACAUCUUCCGUGGCACCAUGCCUCCUCCGGAUUUCAGGGUGCUGGAAUUCAGUAAUGAGAAGGUCGAGACCAUCACGGUCGCUCAAGAUACCACCAAGAUAAGGCCGCUAGUCGCUGCUGCUAUUCUGCGCAACGUCACCUUCGACCAAGACCGAUACAACUCGUUCAUUUCUCUACAAGAUAAACUUCACCAGAACCUGGCGCGGCAGAGGACUCUGGUAUCUAUCGGUACCCACGAUCUCGACACCGUACAAGGUCCCUUCACCUACGAGGCCCUCGCGCCGGAGGAGAUCAACUUCGUGCCCCUUAAUCAGACUAAGAAGAUGAACGGAAGGGAGUUGAUGGAGUUCUACGACAAGGACAAGCACCUUGGUCGCUAUCUUCACAUUAUUCGCGAUUCGCCCGUAUAUCCAGUCAUCUACGACGCCAGCCGAACCGUCCUCUCUCUUCCUCCCAUCAUCAACAGUGACCACUCCAAGAUCACCCUCGAUACCAAGAAUGUCUUGAUAGAAGUCACCGCCACAGACGCCACGAAGCUCGAUAUUGUAAUCAAGACCAUGGUUACCAUGUUCUCCAUAUACUGCGGCGACCGCUUCACCGUCUCCCCCGUCAAGAUCGUAUCGGACCACAACGGCCAAACGCGCGUGACGCCUAACCUCGACCACCGCACAACAGAAGUCGAGGUCGACUACCUCAACGGCUGCACCGGCCUCGGCGAGUCCCCCGAGCGCCUCUGCAAGCUCCUUGACAAGAUGGCCUACGUCUCGAAGCCCUCCCCCAAGGACAAGAACCUCAUCGAGGUCUCUAUCCCUCCGACGCGAACCGACGUACUGCACGCCUGCGAUGUCAUGGAAGAUCUCGCCAUCUGCUACGGUUAUAACAACCUCCCACGCUCCAGCCCCAACAAGAGCGCCACCAUCGGUGCUCCCCUCAUGAUCAACAAGCUCAGCGACAUUAUCCGCAACGAAGCCGCCAUGGCCGGCUGGAGCGAGGUCAUGCCCCUCAUCCUCUGUAGCCACGACGAGAACUUCGCCUGGCUCAACCGCAAGGACGACGGAAACACAGCUGUCCGCCUCGCGAACCCCAAAUCCGCCGAGUACCAGGUCGUCCGCACUUCCCUCCUCCCCGGCAUCCUCAAGACUAUCCGUGAGAACACGGCCCACGCCGUGCCCCUCAAGGUCUUCGAGGUCGCUGACGUCGUCUUCAAGGAUGAGGCUCUUGAGCGUAAGGCCCGGAACGAGCGUCACUUCGCCGCCGCGUGGUACGGAAAGACGAGCGGUUUCGAAAUGGUCCACGGACUCCUCGACCGCGUCCUCUCCAUGCUCAGGACCGCCUUCGUCACCCACGAGGAGGGACUCACCAGCAAGGUUGGCUCCAGUCUCCAGGCCGCUAGCGGUUCCGGGAAGCCUGAUGGAUACUGGAUUGAGGAGAUCCAUGACGAUACUUUCUUCCCUGGUCGCGGUGCGGCUGUCUUCCUUCGCGUCGAUGGCGUCGUGAAGCGAAUUGGCGAGUUGGGCAUUCUUCACCCUACGGUACUAGAGAAGUUUGAGCUAAGAUACCCUGUCAGCACUCUCGAAAUCAACCUUGAGGAGUUCUUGUAA